GAACGAAAAUAUUUACGAAGAAAAAAAAAGGCCAUAAUUUCUUCGUGCAAAAAAGAGAGAAAAACAUUGAAUAGGGAAAAGUGGGGAAAAUGGGAACAACGAAGAAGAGAGAGUUUCGGUGAGAGACGGUUUCUUCCGCUUAAAUGGUGAAUCCGCCAUUUCAUCUACUCGCCAGAAGCGUUUCUUCGUAUUAUUGGUUGCAAAUUCAUGUUACAAUAACACACCCGCAUUCUCAUCGCCUUUGAAUUCUCCUCUGUUGGCGCGCCUUCAAGCUUAGUGAUUUCGACGAACUCUUGAUCGGUUAUAUUUGCGAGAUUUCGGCGGAGCUUCUUGUGAGUUGAAGGAUGAGUUCUAGACGACGGCCGUUGCAAACCUGUGGAGUUUCAUUUCUUGCUGUAGCCCACAGCACCUGCUCAAGAGCUCAGAAUCUUGAUGGACGGUUGGGUUCAAUAACAAGAAAAAUGGUUUGGAUUGCCAAGCUUAUGAACCCUUUGAUUUUUCUCCUGAAAUAUCAGAGCUUGUUGGUCCUCUGCUUUAUUGAUGAUCGUUUACUAGCAAUCGCAAACACUCUAGAGAAGAUCUUUCCUCCAUCCAAACUCGUUUUCGAUAAGAUUGACGUUCUUCUUCAUCUGAUUGAAACUUUUCCAUCAAAAUUUGACGAUGCUGUUGACAAGAUUCCCUGUUUCAACCAAGAAGUUCUGUUACUAGAUUGGACAGUGACCCACGUCAUAUCUUUACUCAAUUUCAUGAUAACCAUACUAAUGAACUGGGGGAGAGAUGUAGCAAGAGAGAAGGAAAUUUUGGUUGAUAUGAACUACAAAGAGAGUUGUAAUGGAUCUAAAUCAAUUGAUAAAUCUAAAUGUUGCUCAGAAGGAAUUGUUUCAUCUCUUUCUGAGAUACAACGAACUUCCAUGAAUGAGAAAAUGAAAUCCAACCCCAUGAAGGGAAGUUAUGCAGAAAUUUUGAAAAUGGGAACAAAAGGGGUACUGAAAGAUGAUGAAGGUUGCAAAGAGAAUGAAAAGAAGGGAACAAGAGACGAAAUCAACGAGAAAGAAGACUGCAAAAAGGACGAGAAGGGCAAUUCUAAUAGAGUGGAGAAGGGAAUAGAAGUAAUGGAAGAUAAAGAAAGUUACAAAAAGGACGAGAAUAAUGAGAUCCAUAACGCUAAAAUGGAAGAAUCUGUGGGAAAAGCAAAAGGAAACGAAGAAAUUCGAGAUGAUCAAAGCCAUAAAAGGAUCAUAAAUAAUGAAGAGAAAUCAAAAGAAGAAGAAGAAGAAGAAGAAGAAGAAGAAGAAGAAGGGGUGAUGGAUAAUGAAAGUGAAAAGGGAAACAAAGGAAGCAAAGAGAAUGCUGAGGAUGAGAUAUUGGAAUUGUUUGAGAGUGCUUGGCUUAUGAAACCAACAAUAAAGGGGAAAGGAAACGUGAUGCAACGUUCAUCUUCACUUUUCUGAAGAACUCUCGAGAGUUUGAAGUUUGCGGUCUUUGCAAAACUUGGUUUUUUGUAUAUUUUGUACAAAGAAAUCUUGAAUUUAAUGCUGUACAAAUGGAAUUGUUUUUGUUCUUUUUAAUUUACACAAAAGUCUUGAAGGUUUUGUUUUGUUUUUAA